CCCGCCCACGUGUGUGGUGGGCCGAGUCCCCACGCCUUCACUCACCGCUGUGGUUUGAACCAUUCUCAGUACGAACAAUGAUACACAUCACUGCUAGGUUCGCUUGCUCUCCUUGCAUUAGUAGGUUGAUGUUUUUCAGAAAGAUUUUUUUUGCCACUUUUACCAUUUGUCUUAUGAGUUGCCUGCUCACACCUUUGCCCUUUUAAGGUUUGGUGUUUUAUUUUUCUAAGUGUCUGCCCUUACCUUCUGCCUCUCCCUAACCCACAGAGGGCCACGUGGCUUUAUUCUCCCUCCAGGUUCGUGGGAGGGCCCUGGAGACAGCGCCCAGAGCAUGGCAAAGAAAACCACAGGAGGAGGGGCUCUGGUGGGACGCGGUCUCACUGGGCAGCCAGGCGACUCUGGGCAAGCACGCGCAUCCUCUCCAUGCCGCUGUCACCGUAGGAGAAUGGAAGCGCACGUCCAGGGACCUACGGGAUUCCUAAGCACAAACGUCCAAAGACAGAAUUUGGCUCAAAUCGCACUGUUCUUGUACCCUGUGUCAGUCCCAGAGAGUGACAGUGACGUGACCUCCCACCCGCUCCUGCUUAUCACAGCACUGCCAUGCGAACGCCGUCCGUCCAUUAUCUCAUUUAAGGAUGAGAGCGCUGGCCGUCCUGGGCAUCACACUGGUGGUGGCCUGCAGCCAGGUUUUCCUCCCUUUCUUCUUGAGAGGCAUGGCGCUCCUUUGGGGAAAGUCUGACGACUCUCAUGUGCUCAGCAUUUUAGAGGAGAGCAAGCUGAUGGUGGAUGACGCCAUCUACAGCACAAUGAAAAGAAACCUCGAGAAAAGAGAACUCAUUUCUCCAUCUCAGCUUCUGUCUUUUUCCAAACUUCCUGAGCCAACCAGCCGAGCUAUUGCCCGAGCGGCAGAGAUAAUGGAAGCUUCAGUGCAGGCGAUGCAGAGAAGAGUCCACCAGCCCCUGACACAGCCACAGCCUCUCACAGACGCUUUAUCAGAAGACCUCCUGACCACCAUCGCGGAGGUGUCUGGGUGCCUGCCUCACAUGCUGCCCCCCAAAUGCCCAUAUACCUGCCUGGCAAACAAGUACCGGCUCAUCACGGGGGCUUGCAACAACAGAGACCACCCCAGGUGGGGUGCCUCCAACACGGCCCUGGCCAGAUGGCUGCCUCCCACCUACGAAGAUGGUGUCAGUGAACCCAGAGGCUGGAACCCCCACUUCUUGUAUAACGGGUUUCCCCUGCCCCCGGUCCGGGAGGUGACCAGACAGGUUAUUGAAGUUCCCAACGAGGCUGUCACAGACGACGAGCACUAUUCUGACCUGCUGACGGUGUGGGGACAAUACAUUAGUCACGACAUAGCCUUCACGCCACAGAGUACCAGUAAAGCUCCUUUCGGGGGAGGAGCGGAUUGUCAGCUCACCUGUGAGAACCAGAACCCAUGUUUUCCUGUACAGCUCCCCGACAACGCCUCGCUGACCGGGGGCACCGCCUGUCUGCCCUUCUACCGCUCGGCGGCGGCCUGCGGCACCGGGGCGCAAGGAGCCUUCUUUGGCAACCUGUCCACGGCAAAUCCGCGACAACAGAUGAACGGUUUGACCUCUUUCCUUGACGCGUCCACCGUGUACGGCAGCUCCCCGGCGGUAGAGAAGCAGCUGCGGAACUGGACCAGCUCCGAGGGGCUGCUCCGGGUCAACGCGCGACACCAGGAUGCCGGCCGCGCCUACCUGCCCUUCGUGCCUCCGCACGCACCCUUGGCCUGUGCCCCUGAGCCCGGCACCCAGGGCCGUGCCCCCUGCUUCCUGGCCGGGGACAGCCGCGCCAGCGAGGUCCCCUCCCUGACAGCCCUGCACACGCUGUGGCUGCGCGAGCACAACCGCCUGGCCUCGUCGCUCAAGGCGCUCAACCCGCACUGGAGCGCCGACACCACGUACCAGGAGGCGCGCAAGGUCGUGGGCGCCCUGCACCAGGUCAUCACGCUGCGGGAUUAUGUCCCCAGAGUCCUGGGCCCCGAGGCCGUCAGGCAGCACGUAGGUCCCUACCAGGGCUACGAUGCCGCCGUGGACCCCACCGUGUCCAACGUGUUCUCCACGGCUGCCUUCCGCUUCGGCCAUGCCACGGUCCACCCACUGGUGCGGCGGCUGGACGCCCGCUUCCAGGAGCACCCUGACCUGCCCCAGCUGCCACUGCAGGACACGUUCUUCAGUCCCUGGAGACUUCUCAAGGAAGGCGGAUUGGACCCGCUCGUGAGGGGCCUGCUUGCGAGGCCGGCCAAGCUGCAGGUGCAGGACCAGCUGAUGAACGACGAGCUGACCGAGAGGCUCUUCGUGCUGUCCAGCUCAGGGACCUUCGACCUGGCUUCACUGAACCUGCAGAGGGGCCGGGACCACGGCCUGCCAGGCUACAACGAGUGGAGAGAGUUCUGCGGCCUGGCCAGGCUGCAGACCCGGGCCGACCUGAGCAGCGCCAUGGCCAGUGGAAGCAUGGCUGACAGGCUCCUGGACUUGUAUAAACACCCCGACAACAUCGACGUCUGGCUGGGUGGCUUAGCGGAGGCCCUCCUCCCGGGGGCUCGCACGGGACCCCUGUUUGCCUGCCUCAUUGGGAGACAGAUGAAGGCUCUGAGGAACGGGGACUGGUUCUGGUGGGAAAACAGCCAUGUGUUCACUGAGGCACAAAGGCGCGAGCUGCAGAGGCACUCCCUGUCCCGGGUCAUCUGUGACAACACCGGCCUCCCCCGCGUGCCUGCCGACGCCUUCCGACUUGGCACAUUCCCGCAGGACUUCACGCCAUGUGAGGACAUCCCAGGCCUGAACCUGGAGGUGUGGAGGGAGGCCGUUUCCCACGAUGACGCGUGUGGCUUCCCGGGCAGAGUGGACAACGGGGACUUCGUGCUCUGCAAUGAGUCUGGCAGACGCGUGCUGGUGUACGCCUGCCGUCACGGAUUCCAGCUUCAAGGACCAGAGCAAAUCACGUGCACCCACCAAGGAUGGGAUUCCCAGCCCCCGGUUUGUAAAGACGUCAAUGAGUGUGAAGACGUGACAGACCCUCCCUGCCACUCGUCAGCUCGGUGCAGGAACACCAAGGGCAGCUUCCAGUGCCAGUGCUGGGACCCCUACGUGUUAGGGGAAGAUGGGAGGACAUGUGUAGACUCCGGGAGGCUCCCAAAGGCGUCCUUGCUGUCCAUCGCAUUGGGCGCCCUGCUGGUCAUUGGCCUGGCGGGUCUCACCUGGACCGUGAUUUGCAGGUGGACACACUGUGACUCUAAAUCCUCGCUGCCGAUCACGGAGAGAGACGGGAAGGCCACCUCCCCAUUGGGGUGCCCGGACGUGGGCGUGUCACAGAGUGCUGGUCCAGCUCCGGGCUCCGAGCAGCUCAGGGCACAGCCUCCAUGCCCUCUGGUGCCUUCCUGCUGUGUGUUUUCUUCUCACGUAAACUGUAUUUAUAAAAGAAGGAUAUUGUGAAAACGUUAACCCACUUUUAAGAAAGUGUAGACAGAGGAUCAGUGAGCCAGAGUGAGCGGAACGGACCCGCCUUCUCCCAGCUGAACGACAUUCUCCCAGCUGAAACACUGGCUUCCACACCUUCUCCAGUGCUGGCUGAAGGCCGGCAGGAAAUGAACCAGAAGCAGACAGAAAAUGGUGGCUUUUAAAACGUGCUUCUUUCAAAAUGACAUAAUUAUGAUCAGUGUGGGGAAAAGCCAGUGUAAACUCACUUCAUACCGUCUCUACCUUCCAUGCGAGACCCCAGGUGAUGCUAUAGCAGGAAGUCCCUCUGUACCCCGGGGCCACAGACGCAGAGGGUUGUUCAGAAUUGAGACAGUCCUGUCCUGGGCGGCGUCGUUGCAGAUGUGUCACUGCUGGCACCAGACCCCCAGCCUAGAACCAAGAACCCCCAGUGGGAGUGAGAUACGGUGUCCCUUCCACGCCCAGCCCGUGCCUGUCCCCGCCAGGCUGGGGACUGCGGCCCCACCGGGCACCUCAUCAGCCUG